AUGCGUCUCGCUCUUCUAUCCACGGCUUUGUAUAGUGCAAACUCUGUAGCUACCCAUAUAUAUGCGGCAUCCUAUGCUGGCUCUGUGACCACCCUGUCGCCACAGAGCAAGAACGGAAAUUAUUCGCUAUCAACGGUUGCUCAGACCAAUGACUGUGGGAUCAGUCCAUCCUGGUUGAUGCUGGAUAGUGAUCACAGUCUGAUGCUCUGUCUGAACGAAGGAAUAGGAGCUACAAAUGGCAGCCUUACUUCCUUCAGAACAAACUCCAAUGGAUCUCUGACCACGCUGGAUAUCCUUGAGACCAUGACUGGCCCAGUCAUGUCGGCUAUAUACACUAUCCCUAGCAACUCUCAGCAGCGAUUCGUUGCCAUUGCACACUACGAAGCGUCCGCUGUCACAGCCUAUACAUGGAAUUCCUCAACCGGUCACUUAGCCCGAACUCAAACCUUCACAUAUCAACUUCCUGCCCCUGGUCCAGUGCCUGACCGUCAAGACGCUUCCCAUCCACAUGGAGUGAUCGUUGACCCGACUGGUCGCUUUGUGCUGGUUCCUGACCUAGGCAUGGAUCGAAUCCAUAUAUUCAAAAUCUCUCCGUCAAAUGGCCAUCUACAGCCUCAGGCACCCUUGCUGGUAGAGCCUGGAUCGGGGCCCCGACAUGCUGUGUUCUGGACAACUAGCCCUAACAAAAAAGCCGCGUCCUCUGAUGAUACUGUGUUAUACCUUGUCUCGGAGCUAGGCAAUAACUUGAGUGCAUUCAAACCCCGAUACACUCAGAAAGGUUUGUUCUUUGCGAAGAUGUUUGAGGAGAACACAUAUGGCGGAAAGGCUGCACCCGAUGGCUCGAAAGCCUCUGGAAUUCAGAUCACACCCGGAAAUGACCAUGUCGUUGUAUCAAACCGUGGCGACGCUACUUUUGGCAAAGAGAUUGACUCUUUUGCUGUCUUCAAAUGUGCUUCCUUCCAUGGAAGUCGCACCACGAAUGUCUCAUUUGUCGGCUUGUUCCCUGCGUACGGCUCCUUCCCGCGUGAAUUCGAUAUCAACGGCGACAAUGGAAAGGUUGCUGUAGCCUUGCAGAACAGCCAUGCAGUUGUGUUGACCGAAAAUAACGCGCAAACUGGUGGCCCAGGAAAGCUUCUCGCGAGAAAGACCUUGUAUGGAGAGAUUCCUAUCGCAAUUUGGGGUCCCUAA